GCUUGGAGGUUAUCAAAGCAUGUAAUUGUAAACUAUUUUUUCAUGCGUUAACUGACUUCAUUGCACGAGAUGGAUGGAGAAUCUUCGGAAAAAGUUGGCACCAUCUUGCAAAAAGUCCCUUCGUUACGUAGUAAUCUUCCUUCAGUACGUUUGACCAAUUUCAAAAACAUAGCUUACCAUGGCACUAUUAAUAUUGGAAUUCCACCGCAAAAAUUUCAAGUUAUAUUUGAUUGUGGUUACUUAGAUCUUUGGAUAUUUUCCAAAAAUUGCACACACCCUUUUUGUUCACGACGUUAUAGAUAUAAUAGUAACAAUUCCUAUGCAUCACGUUAUUCUUAUGACUCACGUAAUACUAUUAAUAUAAGAUACUUGGAUUACACGUUAUAUGGUUUUCUAUCUACUGAUACAGUGAAUAUUGCCAAACUCACUGUGGCGAAUCAAACACUUGUGAAGAAGUGAUGGACGCAUCGGACAUAAAUAUAAUAUUUGAUAAAUAUGUAACUAUACUUGGUAGACACAGAUUUGAUGGUAUCGUAGGCCUGCUAUCUUCCGAUUUAUAUAGUAGUCCAUUUACGAUAACGCCAGUCUUCGACAACAUGAUUCAACAAGGUCUAGUGUCAUCACGCAUUUAUAGUUUUUAUCUAAAUAGAAACCCUAACUCAGCUAAUUUAGGUGGUAAAUUGACAUUUGGUGGUUCUGAUCCUGCUUAUUACGAAGGGAAUUUUACAUAUGUUCCUCUUAUUUACAUAGGAUUAUGGGAAAUUACCAUAGAUAGUAUCGAAAUAAAUGAGGUUACUUGGUGCGAAAGAUUCUGCCAAGCUACCAUUGAUACAAGUAUUUGGAGAAUAAUUGGACCAGAAAAGGAUAUUUCACUUAUUAAUCGAUUUAUUAGAACUAAUAAACGGGGAAGAGUGGACUGCAAUAGAAUUUCUUAUAUGCCUACAAUCAAGUUUAAUUUGGGUGGUAAGGCCUUCAAUCUUACCGGUAAAGAUUACACCAUUCGGGAUCUAAAUAAUGUUAAUCUAUGUGUAAGCGUCUUCAUGAAACAUCACGACCCAACAUUUGAGAGUAAUGCUAAUUUAUUUAAAUUAUGGAUUCUGGGCACGCCAUUUAUAGGCCGUUACUACACUGAGUUUGAUAUGGAGAGAGGCCGAGUGGGAUUUGCUUUGGCGAAAAAUGUAUAGAAUUCACCAAAACCCAUAGAGAAUUUUACAUUGCCUCCUAUUAUUGAACACUUUAUCAGUUUUUAAUAAUUUGCUUAGUUUUCUACAGCAAAAAAAAUUUAAUUAUUUUUAAUCGUCAACUGAUAAAAACUUUGCGUAUUAUCAAUGUGAAUUUUUGCGUAAUAUGUACAUAGCUGUGUAGUAAUUUUUAACAGCAAUACUUUAUCUUGAAAGUAAUUAACAUGAGCUUAUUGCUAAUUAGAAUGUGCGAAAUUUUGGGAACAGUGUCAUUUGCUAAGAUCCUUGAUGCAUGGCCGUCUAGUCGAUAUUAUCAGUUUAUAUUUUCGAAAGGAUUAUUACUUCUUCAUUAUCAUUCUUAAUCACGCGCACGUUUAAUAAUUUAUUUUAAUACAAUUUGGUUUAAUUAUGAAACAAAAUAUUUAAAUAAUAUAUUUUUAAAUUUGAUUGAUCGAUAGGACGGAUUGAUAACACGGAUAUGUUUCGAACGCGCGCGAUUGUAUAUAGAGCAGUCAUCAAAUGUCGAUAAAUGAUGGCUCUAGUAGUCGAGUACAAUUUCUUCUUUGUAUGUCGCAACGUACAGAAAGAAAUUUACCAGAAAUUUCGGAAAUAUGUUCCGUUUUUUCGUAGCAGCUGUGUUGCUGAUCGACGCGGAAAUCUAAAGCCAAGUUAAUGCAUUGUAUCGUGUUUACGUUACGUAUCGGUAUAAUAAAUGUUGAUUUUAUAAAAUCAAUCUAUCUCGUCGUGAUCACAUUCGACUUUCUGAAAUCCAAAACCUAUGUAAAUGUGAUUGCAUUCAUAAAACAUUUAUAAAUUUUAAAUAGAAAGUUAUUCAAGGCG